AGGAGAGAGAGAGAGAGAAAACGGGUCCAGAAAAGGCAUUAACACAGUAGCAACAGUUUCGCCAUUUAACAGAAAAGCUGUACUGCACUUUUUUCAUUUUUCUAGAUCAUGGAAUCAAUGGAAGCCAAAGCCCUAAAGUCUAGCGUACUCUCCUCUGAAUUCUCCAUCAAAUCAAACCACCAGAUUCGACCGGAUGAUUUCUGCUACGUUAAUGGUGGUGGUACUGGUGGUGGUGGAAACGCUGAAGAUUUCUCAGUCGAUGUAUUCCUCGAUCUCUCUAAUCACGACCUUCAACCUCAGGAUGAUGUUGAUGAUGAUGAUGAUGAUGAUUUAUCCGAACAAGCAACAGGAACAGGAACGUAUUCUCUAUCUGUUUCAAAUGAUAUUGGCUCCUCUAACUGCUGCAGCGCGUUUUCCGAUUCAUUGGAUUCCUCUUUCUUUCCAGACGAACUAAACAUUCCACCGGAAGAUGAUUUUGAGGAUCUAGAGUGGUUAUCGAGAUUAGUAGACGAUUCCUCUACUGAAUUGAUUCAUUUCAGUAGCCCUACUACUACUACUACUACCAGGAAUUGUUCGGAUCCAAUAUUAAGAAUACCGUCGUCGAUUCCGACUACUCCACUUUCUUGUUUCCCGGUGCCGGUCCCGGCGAAGACAAGGUCCAAGAGAGAAAGACCUUCAGGAAGAAUCUGGCCGCCAUCUUCGUCUUCUUCAUCUUCAAAUGAUCCCUCCUCCUCCUUCAUCAUCAUCAACAAACAGGAGCAAACCUUGAGUCAUGUUCCCCUGCCUGUAGAACAGAAGCAAAAGAAGAAGAAGGCGAGAGUGUCAUCGGAAACCGGCACCGAAGAAGCGGUUGAGGCGAAGACACAGCGGCGAUGUACGCAUUGUGAGGUGCAGAAGACACCGCAAUGGAGAAGAGGUCCGCUUGGUCCAAAAUCGUUGUGUAACGCAUGUGGAGUCCGGUUCAAAUCCGGUAGGCUGUUUCCGGAAUAUAGACCGGCUUGUAGUCCGACAUUCUCCGGCGAGGUUCAUUCUAACAGUCACCGGAGGGUUUUGGAGAUGAGAAAUAGGGUUCAAACUUAGAAACCGAUUUGCUGGUGGGUGGGGGGUUACGGUUCAGAGCCAAAUGUAGUAAAAUCCGGUUUAUUAGGGUUCAGUUUUUAAACCGGUGUAGUCAAAUUUGGUGAGCUAGUUAAGUUUUAUUUCAAUAUUUUUCUUCAUUAUUAAUAACGCCAGCAUUACAAUUUUUAGA